CCGGGAAGAUAAAAUGUGUUAACGCAGUAGACCUUCUUGAUCAAAAUUUAAAAUCUAACUCUUAUCGUCGUUUAUUUUUUAGGUCAAGGUCAACAGACAGUUUCGCUUUCUAAUAUUCCAUCCAAUGACAUCCAUGGUUUCCGAAUACGUGGGUCAUCUCUCUGUUACUUUCGUAACUGGUGAAUAGUUAGAAUUUCUUUGCUAACCAUUGAAUUACGUUUCAGUUGUAAAAGCUUUUGAUUAAAAAAAAUCAUUAACGAUUUAAUCGCUAGUCUGACGCAGGCAAAUUUCAUAGAAGUCACUGAGCUAAAGUGUUCCUUCCUCAUAAACCAUGAGCAACCAAGAGGCAACUCAACCACAAAAUUCUUCAUUAAGUGGUGGAUCAGAAGACAACCAAGCCGGUGAUGUAACUGAAAAUAUCUCUAGUGGAAUACAGAAUAUGAAUACACAAGAUAGCCCGAUUCGAAAACUUGAAGAUCUAUUACAGAAUCUACCUGUUAAUUCGGUUGCAUUAUUCGAACAGUUGGAUCAGAGAUUAAGAGAUGACAAUGAGUUACGAGAAGAUUUGGAGCUCUUUUUAUUUCUCUUUUUUAAAGAGGCAAAAACCGUCUACUCCUUUUUGAGACGUACUACCAGUAAACUAAUUGCUAAAGAAGUUGCUGUGCAGUUUACCAGAACGGAUCCACCUACGGGCAAAAAAUCUUUCGAGAGGGAAGUGCCAACAACUUAUAAAAUGAUUAUAGGUAAUUUCAAAUAUGUUAACACACUAUCUCAGGUUGAUAAUAUGAUAAUACGAGGAUGGAUCAUGAUUUCACGAUAAUGAUUUCACGUAAGAAUU